AGCAUGCUAGUUAGCUGGCUAAGUCAGUCAGCCUUGUAAAAUAUGUUUCAAACUGAUAUAUUUGGGGACAUGGUAGUAAUAGCUGAAAAAGGCCCAUCUGGGAGCAAUACCAUUGCCAAUUUAUUGUAUUCCUAAAGUUGUUCCAUGGGCAAGCCAGACAGCCCAUAACUAGCGAUUGGUCAAAGAAUCGAACUGUCACUGUGGUGAUCACAAAUAAACAAUGCUACAAUGUAGCAUCCUGGCAAGAGGUCCUUGGGAAUAUGUUUUGAUGGUACUAAAGCUAACAACGAAUUUACUGUAGUGUAAUGUUAGCGCGUUUGCUUGUUUGCCAUGAAUUUGUGUAGCUUUCCACGAGCCCAACUUGUCUCCAAAACACCUUGUGUUUUUAUUCGUAUCCAUUGAAACGCCGUAUGGAUUUCAGUCAACUGAGACUACUUGACACGUUUCCAACUGAGCUUUCUGGCUAACGUUGGAUUUGAAAAGUUGUUGCCUCGUCAAAUGUGAACGAUGAAGGCUAUCAGAAGUGGAGUAGAUAAUUUGCUGACUUUAACGUGUCCAUGGCAUUAGAUACAUUUUUGGAACAUCUGCAAUAGAGCUCCGCUAAGAAGAUGCGUCUUUCCAUGAAACACGUUUUUUUAUUGCUGUCUUGUCUUAGUGCCAAUCUGCAUUCGUGCCACCAUGAAACCCACAGACUUUUUAAAUAAGGCAAACGUGUUUAUUGUUGCCCCGUUAGCAAGAAAUAUGACGAAAUCAAUACAUGACACGGGCUUUAUUUUUAGAUUUCUUCGAAAUGGAUGGGCAAUGUUCUGUAUGUCAUGUCGCAUGACAGCUGAAGAACAGGGUACUGUUUACCAAUGUGUUUGGCUAUUAUAAACGUUAUUAUUUUGUGUUUGCUUGUGGGAAAAUGCGCAGUGUAAAAUAUGCCUAUCCGUUGAAUUGCCUGCGCAUUUGCAAGACCCAGCUAAUCAUGGGGUUGGUUCAAAGAAGCAGCCAGUUGCUGUUCUCAAAUGGUCAGCUUGACUGGCUGUCAAAACAAAUCCAUUUCAAGUUCGCCGCUCUCUGCGUCGCAAACGCAAUCUGUGAAAAGCGGAACUACAAGUAGCUUUUACAAACUGUCAUGUCUGCCCGAUGAUGGAUGGUAACUAGCUGUUUUUGUAUUCGAACCGUUUGCCCUGGAGAUCCAUGGAUUUUGACCCGCACGUUCACUCGGCUGCCUGAUGGUAUCCCAGAGUUCAGCAUGGACGACAUGUCAGCUCCCACUUUCCCUCCGGGGAAAAUGUCCCCAUCCAAAGCGCUAACCAUGAAGGACUAUGAAAACCAAAUUACUGCAUUUAAGAAGGAGAACUUCAACUUGAAGCUCAGGAUCUACUUCCUGGAGGAGCGAAUGCAACAGAAGUGUGAUGACUCCACUGAGGACAUCUACAAAACGAACAUCGAGCUGAAGGUUGAAGUGGAAUCCUUAAAACGAGACCUCAGUGAGAAGCAAGAGCUCCUGGUUUCUGCAUCAAAAGCGCUCGAGAGUUUAGCCAAUAGAGAUCUCACAGAUGCGGCGAACAUUAGAGAACGUGCUCAUCGAGAGAUUGACGCUCUCCGAGAGGCGCUCAACCAGAGAAUCAACGAGCUGGAGGAGAAUCUGCGUGAUGCUGAAGGGGAGGUGGAGAGGAUGGCCGCCAUUGCCGAGCAGCACAAGCGCAACAACAUGGAGCUGCAGAGGCAGCUGCAGGACCUGGGCCAAUCCCAGGCCUCGACCGGGCCAGACCCCGCCCAGCAGGCUGAGGCCCUGCAGGAGAGGGACCGACUUAUUGUGGAGCUGAAAGCUUCACUGAAGAACCGGGACAAUACGAUUGGUCAACUCCAGAAAGCCAGUGCAGAGCAGCAGCCAGCUGCUGGCCAGAUAGCUCAACUCAACGCUGCCAUUGGUCAGAAGGAUGGAGAGCUACAGACGCUGAAGGAUGAGUUGAACCUUGAGAAGCAGAGGGCUGAAAGAGAGAUCAAGAUCUGUGAACAGCAGAGGACCGAGGUAGCGCGACUAGAAGCAGCUGCCAAGCAACUCACUCAGGAGCUUAGCACCAUCCGGAACAAGAACCAGACAUUAGAGAUUGACAAUCAGGACCUGAAUGGAAAGCUGGAGGAGAAGGAGGUUGAGCUGGAUAAGGAAAGGAAGAACUCGCUGAAGAGGGACAAAACCAUUCAAGGUCUCAGCCUCAUGCUCAAGGAGAAGGAGAAAGAGAUUGAGGACUUGUACCGGGAUCUGGAGGAGAGAGAGCAGGCGCUGGUUAAAGCCAGAGAUGGCCUCCAUAAAGCACAGCUUCAAAAGUACCAGGGUGCGGAGGAGCAGCAGGGCCAGCUGCUGGAGUGCCAGGGGGAGUUGUCGCGGCUACAGGGCGACCUGCACGCGUGCGUGUGCGAGUGCAAGCGGCUGGAGCGCAUGGUGGGCAGCCGCGACAGCGAGGUGCAGCGCCUCACGCACGAGCUGCACACUCUGCACGACGACUUCGACGCUCUGCAGCACACCAAGCAGAGGCAGGACAAGACCAUCAACGACCUGCAGAACCAGCUGAAGAAGUUGAGUGGUGAGCUGGGCGAGAAGCAGAGCGAGAGCGAGAAGGAGCACAGCGAGCAGCUGGAGGAGAGCAAGAGGAGGGAGCACAGGCACGAGACCACCAUCCAGCGCCUCACACACACGCUCACGCACAAGGAGCAGCAGCUACAGGAGUACAUGAACAUGGUGAGAGAUGUGGAGAGUCAGAAUCCAGCAGGAAAUGAUCUCAUCGUCAGCAAGCUGCGAGAGCGACUCAAGGAGAAAGAGAAGGCACUCGAGGCUGCUCUGGAUGAGAAGUUUGCGGCUGUGGAGGAGAAGGAGAAUGAGGUGCACCAGCUGCAGCUGAGCCUGCGAGAGAAGGAGAGGGACCAGGAGAGACUCAACAACAUGCUCACACACAACCAGGAGACCAUCGCUUCUCUAGACGCGCUGGUGAAGGAGCGUGAUGUGGAGCUGCAGCAGCAGGUGAACUCCCUGAAGAACCUGGAGAGGAGCCGGCAGAGCAGCGAGGACAGCCUGAACCGGGCGCUGCGGGAGAGGGACGCUCUCAUCCAGCAGCUGCAGACCGCCCUGGAGAGCAAGACCAAAGACCUGGAGGAACUGUUUGCUUCAGUGCUGAGCAAGUCCCAAGAGCAGGAUGACAGUGUGGCGGAGCGUCUGUCCCAGAGGCUGAAGGUGGCUGAAGCAGAGCUGGCCUCGGCUCUGAGGGAGAGGGAGAGACUCCUGAACGAACACCAGAGCACCGUCGACACCCUCCUCUCUACCAUCAACAGCAAGGAGCAGCUACUGCAGGACUCGUCUGAUCGCCACAGCCGUGCCCUGCGUGAGCGUGAGGUGGAGCUGCAGGAGCUGCGUGCUCGUCUGACUCACGCCCAGCGGCAGCUCAGCGAGGCCCAGAGCCAGUCGGCCGCCUCCACGCAGGACGCGCACCUCACCGUCGCCCAGCUACGCGCACAGCUGGCCGAGAAGGACGACCUGGUCAACAAGCUACUGGAGCAGGGUCAGGAGCGAGAUCGCUACUUGGCUGAGCUGAAGUCAGACGUGGGCGGACCUCAGGUGCUGGAGCUCAGGCAGACCAUCGAACUGCUCCAGCAAAGACUAGAGGAGAGAGACGAUGGGGGGAUGGAAAAGGUGUGUGGCGAGAGCCCGAAUGCUAGGGCUAAGACUGUGGCAGCCCUGAAAAAACAGCUUGCAGCAAGGACGGAAAACCUUGACAAAGCCCGUCAGAGAGAAGAAGAGCUUGAGGGUUUAGUGUCAGUGCUGGAGGCUCAGCUGAAGGAGCAGAGUGACCGUAUAGAGACUCUCAUACAAACACUCAGCACUAAGGAGGAGAUCAUUGAUCAACUGCAGAGAGACGAGUGCAGGGGUUCAGGUCCUCCUGAGAGGGAGAGCACCAGCAUCGGAGGAGACAGCAAGGAGACUCUGCCUCCCCUGUCGGCUCUGCGGAUGGAAUGGGAGGGGCUUAACCGAGCCCUGAGGGCGGAGCAACAGCUCUACUCCAACCUGGUGCGCUCUGUCAAGCAGCAGGACAGUGCGGCGCGUCUGCAGGCCCUGCAGCUGGAGCUGACGGCAGUGCAGCUCCUCCGGCAGCAGCUGGAGGACAGCAUCCUGGCCAACGAGAAGCUCCGCCAGCAGCUGGAGCAGGACCUCCACAGAGCCAAUCAGACUGAAGGUGAGGAGCUGCAGAGUCUGCGCUCUGCUCUGGAGGAGGCCCGGCGCUGGAACACAUCUCUCCAGGCCCGACUGGGACAGAUCCAGAGCCGCGGCGGUGGAGUCGGCCAGGCCAAUGACACCAGCGAGUUCCCCUCUGUGAUUGCUGACCAGACGUCUUAUAUGAGCAUCUGUUGGGGAGAGGCCAAAGACUCCGAGCUGGACCACCUGAGCAUCUCCCAGCUUAAAAUGAAGGUGGCAGAGUUGCAGGUGUUGAAUGCUGAACUUCAGAAGCGGGUGGCCCAGAGCCCAGAGCCUCUGUCCCAAAGCCAGCAGUCAUGUGUACCGCCAUCCAUCCCAUUGCCACAGCCGCCAGAGGUAGCAGGGCAGACUAACGCAGACCGAUGGAGAGACGCCAGCACACAGGUGGCUGCAGAUAUUGCCGUCACAUCGCGGCGCGGCAGUGAGACGAUGUUGCUGUCGGUGCACGUCAGCACUGAGGCCCGGCUGAGUCGAGAUCAGUCCUCUGAGCACAGCCCUCUGCUCUCCCCCGUCAGAUCAAGUCAGAAGGAACAGCGCUCCCGAGAGAGCAAGGAGAGUGCCGACGCGUCUGGUUGCGACAGCGACAGCAGCCCGUGUGACCUCCGCCACACCAUCCAGCGGCUGAGGUCGGAAGCCAGAGGUCACCGGCAGGUCAUCACUCAGCUGAAGGAGCAGCUCCAGCGCAGCGCGGCGGCGUCUCAGUCCGACGACACAGGCUCAGCCGCCUUCGACCCCGAGCUGAUCGUGGCCAUGGCCCGCGAGAUGGAGAGACUCAAGGAGGAGAACGAAGCCUCGCACCGGAGGGCCAAGAGUCUGGAGGGACGACUACAUGAACACCAGGAGAGGGAGGACAAGGAGAGGAGGAUGAGGGAGAAAGAGAAGAGGGCUGCGCAGAAGACAGAGGGAGGAGGAGAGGCGUUGGUCAGAAGGGAAAGGCGCAAGGGAAGAAGGGAUAUGGUUGGAGAAGAGGAGAGAGGAACGACAGAGGACAGCCGGGAUGGCGAGAGCGCCUCCUCCAAGUCCACCUCUCCCGUCAGGAAGCCUGUCGACCUGAUAGCCAGACACGCAGCCUACGUGAAGUCAAGGCUGCCGGUGCUGGCUCGCUCUAGCAGCCGGGGAGCGGCGGACCAUGCUGUAUGUGACGGGGCCCGCCUGCGCUCUCCUCCCUACCCGGCGCAAAGGAACCUCAUUGGGUGUGAAGAGUCGGCAUCCCCCAGCCCCAGGUCCUCCCAGCAAAGCAGCCCUGGAAGAGGAGCCACAACAACAAGCAGCUCCUCUUCCUCCCGCAGCCCCGUGCACUCGUCCGGGCAGCACCAAGAGCAGCUCCUGACCCUGGAGCUGGAGACCCAGGUGGAGCUGCUGCAGCAGGAGUGCCAGGAGAAGGAGGGGCUCCUGCAGCGCAACGCCCAGCAGUGGAGGGAGAUGGAGGCCGAGCUCCAGGAGAAGGAGCGCCUCAUGGCCGAGUACCUGCAGGCCCUCAAGGCGGCCAAGUCCACCAUCGCCUACCUGACGGCCUGCAGCCUGGAUACGGAGAGCGGUGUCGGGGUGGGGGCGGAGGCCAGACCCGGCAGCCUAUGGGGCGCCCAGAACCAGGAGCCCGACUCCCAGCCGCAUGGCCUGGGCCUCAUGAGCACCAGGCUGCAGGAGUGCGUGAGGAGAGCCGAGGAGGCCAUCGCCAACCUGGCCCAUCAGAGCGAGGAGCAGCAGGAGGAGGACGACGAGGCAGCGCAGUCUGGCACUCACACGGAGCUGCUGCUGGCCCGACUGGAGGAGCUCCACGUGGAGGUGAGAGCUCUCAGAGGAGGCCGAGACCCCCAGCAAGGGCAACUGCAGGCGGACACCGUCCGGGAGGCCAUGUGGGAGCAGCGCACCGCCGAGCUCCAGGAGCAACUCCAGGCCGCCGAGGCGAAGCUGCAAGCACUAAACGUCAACGCUAAAGGAGAUCAUCCCGCCUCCAACAGCGCAGAUGCCGUCGUUGGCCCUCAGGCUAACACCGCUAAAGCAACGGACGGCCAUUGCGCUAAAGCGGAUGCUAGCGAUGCUAAAUUAGAUGCUCGUAACGAUGCCAACAGUGCGAAAUCCGCUGAGGGCAAGCCGAGAAGUCCCACCAAAGCCAAAAGCGGUAGCAGGGGUGUUGCAAGUCCUCCCGCACUCAGUCCAGAUUCCUCCAGCGUCUCAGGACAAGAUGCAAACAACAGCAAUAGCACAGCUGAAGGGGAGGCGUUGCAGAGUGGAAAGGGGAUCCGCAGGGUGCUUCCCAAAAUGGCAGACCUGCGCAGCAACGCUCAGCGCGAGGAGUGUUUGCGCGAGUGCGUGAGGGCCGUGGAAGGUGUUGUGGAGGCCCUCGUCACCUGCUGUUCCAGCGCUGACCCCAACGACCUCUCUGACCCCAGUCACAUCUCCGAUCGCUCUGGUUCUCUCUCUCCCAGUGCUGCCUCACUGGCACAACACAUGAACCGUCUGCUACGCGCGCUGCAUCAGAAGAGCAGGCUGGAUGGGCUCGCCGCACCCACCCACACCUCCACGCCCAAGGUCCUCCACCCCCACCUCAACCCUCACCCCCACCUCAACCUCAACCCUGCCCUCAUACUUGUCAGCCCCACACUGGAGAGGUGCAGCCCUCAGGUCCUGGAGGAGCCCAGCCCUGUUCAGCCCGUCGUCCAUCAGCAACAGCACAGUCCAUCAAAGUCCAGAGGCCAUCACUCGGGCUCUGUGGCGUCCACCAAGAACCAGCAGCAGAGUCCAACCAAAGCCAAGGCCCACCAGACCAGUCCUGUCCACCAGAGCACCAAGCAAGGUAACGUGGCAGCCAGGUCCAGAGCUCCUCAUCAUCCUCAUCAUCCUCUUCGUGGUCCUGGUGGUGGGCUGGUGUGUCCGUCUCCCGGGGACCUGCACCACAACAUGCUGCUGCUGCUGCAGCUCUUUAGGGAGCGCGCCCAGACCGUCGGCCUGCUGGAGGAGCGACUGGCCAGCCUGCAGGACCGACUAGACCGCUCUGCACAGGCUGUCAGGAAUAUUGCGCCCUCUGCUGCCACAUCAGAGGAGCGGGUACAGGACCAGGGCUAUGAGACCAGUGGCCGCAGCGAACCAGAGGCCUCGAGCACAGAUGUGGAUGUGGUGCUGGACCUGGCCUCCAGCCCCUCCUACCCCAGCUCCCCCGGCCUCAGCCUGACCCCGCGACCCCUGGCCGAUCCCCCUGCUGACCCCUGUGAGGGCGACCCAGCCCUCCUCCGCCAGCACCUGGCCCAGCUCCGCGCACAGUUGGAGAGCCAGCAGCGCGUCAUCCAGCACCUGCAGGCAGGAGGACGGAGGUCCUCGCUCCCCGCGGGGCUCCUGACCCCCACCUCCGCUGAAGAGGGGGAGGAAGGAGUGGACGACAAGAAGGAUGGAGAGAGAGCAGGGAGGGGGGAGCACAGGUCACGCCUGGCCCCCGGAGACCUGAGCAAGGACGGCUCAACCCUCAACAGGAGCGCGCUCUGCCUGUCUGCCUCUCCCUCCAGGAUUGAGUCUCUGGUGCAGUCCCAGGCACGGGAGCUGUGUGAGUUGCGUCGUCAGAUCCGUAUGAGCGGUCUUCUGGGUGUGGAGCAGCGUCAGGUGCUGCUGGAGCUCCGCGGGGCCCUGGAGGAGAUCGUGCAGCUCACCGUCCAGCACCAGCCGGGCCUGGGCACACACAUACAGCACAGCCUGGACCACAGCCUGGAGCUGCUGGACAUGCUGCAGCCAGGAGACCUCUCCUCCAGGGAGGAGCAGCACAGCUCGGAUAAAGACCAGAGAGUGUGUGCGGAGCUGCAGCAGAAGUCUGGCCUGAUCCGUUCUCUGCAGGAGCGACUGGCUGGUGUCAGAUCUCCCAGCGGCCCCCAGGGCUCCGUCUCCCGGGACAACAGCACCACCUCACUCCACAGCAGCCACCCAGACGGCUUCACAACCUCAGCAGCAGAACUGAAGGUGACCAAUGGCGUGUCGACGGGCGUUGACGGGGUGUUGCCAGAGCCGGGUGUUGGAGGAGAGGAGGGCGGCAGCGGCGGUGGUGGCCGGGCGCUGCUGCGGGAGAACGGGCGACUUGCGGAGCAGCUGCGCUCCAGCGAGCAGCUGAACGAAACCCUGCGCAGCGAGCUGGAGCUGCACCGCUCACUCCUCACACACACACAGAAGACGCAGCAGGCCAGCACGCACAGAAGCACCCCCACACCGGAGCAGCCGGGGGCACACACAGACACCGGCACACAGGCAGAUGCAGCAAGCCGCUCCAUCAAUACAGACCUGUUGGCUGAGCACCUGCAGGAGAUCCGUGCUCUGCGCCAGCGUCUAGAGGAGACCAUCCGCACCAACGAGAGACUCCGAGAGCAGCUGGAGAGGAGGCUGCAGGAGGCCAACAGAGACCCAGCGGGCACCAACAUCUUCAUCGCUGGGCUGGAGGACCAGGGCCAGCUGGCCAACGAGGUCCGCAAGCUGUGGGCUCACAACCACACGCUCCGAGAGCAGCUCAACCUGGGCACCAGAGAUAAGCAGAAGGAGAAUGAGCGUCUGAGAGAGACUCUGGCCAGGAGAACAGCCAAGCUGGAGCGCAGCCGCAGAGAACACACACGCCUGCAGGACAGCCUACAGAGACUGCAGUGUGAGGUGAAGCAGCAGAAGCAGCAGUUGUCUGACAGUCAGCAGCUCCUCAAGUCUCUACGGGUGGAACUCAAGCUGCAGGAGCACAUCAGGAGCACAGAAGGGCAAGAGCAGUCGUCUGGUGUGGAUCUGGCGGCUCUGCUGGCGGAGGUGAGGCACCUGAGGGAACAGCUGGAGAGAAGCAUCCGCAACCACACCAUCAACAUCAACUACCUACUGCCAUCAGAUGAGUGUGGAAGACCAGAGCACCUUGAUCCAUCUUCAAACCCAGAUGCCAACAUUGCACAAGACUCUGGCAGCUCGGUGGGCAGUUGUUCUCCGCCUCCGUCCCGCCUGGUGCCGGGUGUGCGCGUGUUUGCUGCCCGAGGUGGAGCUCACGUGCUGGGACUCAGCGAGGACUACGGAGCCCUGCACACACACCUGGCCCAGGCCCUGGCAUACACACAGCACAUGGAGGAGCACACCCGAGACUGCAACACGGCCCAGUGUAAGAACUUGGCCUCGAGUGUGAGCAGCAUGCAGCAGGUACUGGAGGAGGCCAACAGACUACUCAAACUCUUCUGGAGCGUCACACUACCAUCAGACGCACUCAGACCACAGGACGAGCAUCUGAGGACAGAGUUGUCUCGUCUGAAGAGCCGUCUGCAGCAGCAGGAGUGUGUGCUGAGCGGAGCCGUCAAGCGACUGCACUCCACCAACCAGCUCAAGGAGGGCAUGGAACGCCUCAUCAUAGACCAACUGUCUGUCACCCACGGGAUCCUGAAAAAAGCCAGAGGUAAUCUGGAGACACACUGUUAUGGCCUCAGUGGCCUGCCCCUAGUGGAAGGACGUCCCCAGUGGCCCUUAACGGAAGACCAGCCAAGCCCUCCCGUCCCCAAGGCCAGGUCCACUCCCAAACCGGACUCGGCCAGUGACAUCUCUUCCCAUUGCAGCUGUUAAACCCUCCCAUUGAAAUAAACCCCUCCCAUGUAGGAAGUUGGUAGUCAUUUUAUGACCUACAGUGUACUUCUCCUGAACGUCCUUUUCGCUAGAUUUUUAGUAACUCAGUCAUGGUACGUGACAAGCGCUUGAGAUUUUUGGAGGCUAUGUUGCCACGGAUUGCACAAUUUUGCUUUUUAUUAUUUUAUUGCUAUAUAAUAUUUGUAACCUAUUUUCUCAGAAUGAUGGUGUAAAAUGUUCUCUUGUUCAACCGGUUUAAAAAAAAGAAGGGGAAAUAUUAUUUUUGUUCUUGUAAAUAAUGAAGCCUCUCCUCUUGAGUGUUGUAGAUAGAGAAUCAGGGUCAUGUGGUCACUGCCUUUUGUAUGAGUGAGAGAGAGCGUGAUGCGAGUGUUUGUACGAGAGUGAGCGAUAAAUGGAGCAGCUAUUCUUGCGUAAUUUUGAAAUAACUGGUGCAGGAAGUUAAAUGAUGUCUACAUCCAUUAAAAAAAAAUUGCGGGCACUGAA